AUGAAAGUUGAGAUCAUUUCAAAAGAGAACAUCAAACCAUCUUCCCCAACACCAUGCCACUUGAAAACUUACAACUUUUCCAUGCUAGAUCAGUUUAUUCCUAAUGUAUAUGCACCCCUUCUCUUUUACUACCCUAAUGAUCACGACGGUAACAAUGGUAUUUCCCGAGCUCUCGAAAGAUCGAUAGCUCUAAAGAAAUCUUUAUCCAACACCUUGACUCAGUUCUACCCACUUGCCGGAACAAUCAACAAGAAUCAACUUUCUAUCGAUUGUAACGACGUUGGUGCCAACUUUGUUUGUGCUUUGGUCAAUCGUCGUCUUGAUGAGUUUCUAAGCUAUCCUGACUAUCGGCAAAUCAAUCAUUUUCUUCCUUUUGAGCCUAGUUUGGAUGGGUCAACUCCAAGUGAUCAUGUACUAAAUGUUCAGGUAAACAUUUUUGAAUGUGGUGGAAUAGUUAUUGGCUUUUGUGUUUCGCACAAGAUCUUUGAUGGGGCCGGUUUCUCAACUUUUCUUAAAGGAUGGACAAACAUGGCUUGUGGAGCUAAAGAAGUUGUGUGUCCAAAUCUAAAUGUAUCAUCUCUUUUUCCUGCAAAGGAAUUGUUGAAUGGUGGUAGAUAUAUUAUUGCAAAUUAUGGGUCAUUUUUAAGAAAAGGUAACUUUAGUACAAAAAGAUUUGUAUUUGAUUCUCAAGCCAUAGCCUUACUGAAAACUGAGGCAGCUAAAAACGGCGUACACCAUCCAUCAAGAGUAGACGUGGUAUCUGCUUUCGUAUGGAAGUGUGCUAUGGCAGCGUCUAAAGAAGCCCGUGGUGUUAAAAAACCAUCACUUUUCGUCCACACAGUGAAUCUUCGUAGAAAGCUUUCAACAAAGUUGUCAAAAGACCUUCUCGGAAACCUUAUUUGGUUCUCAUAUGCUUUGUGCCCAACUAACUAUGAGCCCACGUUGCACGGUUUGGUCAAUAAGGUACGCCAAAGUAUCUCAAAAAUCAAUAAUGAGUUUGUGGAUCAAGUACAAGGCGAUGAAGGGCAUGUUGCAUUGGUGAAGUCUCUUAAAGAAAUGGAAGAAAUUGGUACUAAUGAGACUACUGAUUGCUAUUAUGUCACAAGUAUGUGCAAGAUGGGUUUCAAUGAAACUAAUUUUGGUUGGGGGAAGCCGAGUUGGGUCACUAGUAAUAUAUGCAACGAUAUCCCGGUUUUCAUGAAUCUUAUAUGUUUAAUGGACACCAAGUACGGUACAGGGGGAAUAGAAGUUUGGGUAAAUAUCGACGACGAAGAAAUGAAGAUUCUGCAAGGCAACCCGGAGCUACUAUCAUAUGCUUCCCUAGAUCCAAGUCCUCUCGAACGACAACUACAUAUAACUAGCAAUUUUGCUCCCCAUUUCACUACAAGAAACAUGGAUAAAUGGGACGGGCGGAAACCAUAUGAUCAAGUGCUCAAAAAUCCAGGCCAAAUAGCAUCUGGCAUGGUUUUGGAACGUUUUGCGUUCCAUCCUAAACACGGGGUUGCCAAACACAUUUGGGCCAUACAAAAACCGUACCAAAUAAUGUUCAGCACCGCGUUUAGGAAGGCCUUACGAUUUUGUCCCAAAUAG